AUGUGCACACUUUCGGCGGGGGGUCCCGUUCAGGAGUGGCGGUUCGGCGGACCGUACGGCCGUAGCGAAAGAGUUAAAGGCCUGUUGGACCACAACAUUGACGCGACUGUAGUCAAAUGGAUAAAUAGAAUGCUUUCAGAUAGAAUAAUAACGACCGAACACGGGGAGAUUACAGCCGAAGGACUGGCGAACAGAGGCUGCCCGCAAGGAGGUAUACUCUCACCUACGUUAUGGUGCCUAGCAGUAAAUUCACCGCCUGAAAGACUGAAAGCGAAAGGGUUUGAAGUCUGGAGAUACGCGGACGAUAUUGCAGUAGUAACCUCACACGAGAAUGAAAAAGUUGCGAAGAGAUGGAUCAACUCGGCGCUGAAGAUAGUGGAAGACUGGUGUGCGGAAACAAGAAUCAAAUUUAACGGGGUUCAAUUGAAACUAUCCGGCUCGGUUAAAUACCUAGAUGUUACCUUUACCAGUACCCUGUCCUGGAGAUUACAAGUAGACAAGACGUUGAAAAGAGCCCGUAACAACCUGGCAACGGUCAGCAGAAUGGUAGGGAGUACAUGGGGCCUCACCCCCGCGGCCAGUCAUUGGAUUUUCAAGGCCAUAAUUAUACCAAGACUCACGUUCGGCGCGCUGAUAUGGUACUCACCGAUAAGAGCGAUGGAAGCGAUGCUAGCAAUACCUACGCUAACGCAAAGAAUCGAAGAGGCAGCAAUAAGAACAGCGAAACUCCUCAAGGACUGGGAGAAAUGGUCACCCUCGAACAAAGGUCACUCUACGAUUCUGUUCAAAACCGCUAUACCCGAAAGGGACGAAUGGAAAAACGGGAGGCUAGACAGGUUCAAAGGAUGGAAGACCUGGUUCACGGACGGCAGUAAAAACGAGAGCGGAAACACCGGAUGUGCUUGGGUAAAUGGAAAACUGAGGAAUGGUAAAACAGAAUUUCUGGGAAAAUUUGCCACAGUAUACAAAGCAGAAGUAAUAGCAGUAACCAGAUGCGUAGAGGAGAUGUUAACGAACGGUGUCAAUAACGAAUCUAUAGUUAUUUUUACAGAUAGCGAGUCGACGACUAACAACAUUGGCAAGAAACAACAGGAACGUGGUGAUCUGCUGGUGUCCGGAUCACAGAGGAAUGGAAGGAAACGAAGAAGCAGACCGACUAGCAAAAUCGGUUGUCGAGCAAAGAAAGACAGAUAUACGGGAAAGAGAAGACAGAUAUUUGGCACGGACACCCUUGAAGGCCACAGAAUAAGAGAAAUACUGUAUAAAAAACUGAUAUCGUUCUUUAAAGCGAUCAACCCUUGGGACAAGAUAGCAGGGGUUGAAAAUGAAAACUGA